AUGCAGACUGCUUCUGCAAACAUUUGUAAAAGAAUGGGUCGCUCUCAGGAGCUCAGUGAAUUCAAGCGUGGUACCGUGAUAGGUUGCUACCUGUGCAAUAAGUCCAUCUGUGAAAUUUCCUUGCUACUAAAUAUUCCACAGUCAACUGUUAAUGGUAUUAUAACAAAGUGGAAGCAACUGGGAACAACAGCAACUCAGCCAUGAAGUGGUAGGCCACGUAAAAUGACAGAGCAAGGUUGGCGCAUGCUGAAGCGCACAGUGCACAGAAGUUGCCAAGUAGUCACUUAGUUCCAGUGAAGGGAACUCUUAAAGAGUCAGCAUACCAAGACUUUUUGAAUAAUUUCAUG